AUUCCAGGAUGGAAAACGGGACGGAAAAGCCAAGCAGCGCGGUGAAGAAAGUGCCCGUCAGGAUCGUGCGCUCUCAGGGAAUGCCGGAGACGGAGAACGGGAGGACGUUUCCGCGGCCUGACGAGGCAUCUGCGGCCGGAACGGGCGGUCCUGAUAUUAGCAAACUCGGCAGAUUGGGAGCCAGUGGGCAGGACUCGGUCUUCUGCACUUUCACUCGGCAGAAAGAACUUGAUGAACCUGGUGUGACUUCGGACCAGGGCGAGAGGGACGCCGCCACCCCGACGAUGUCUGAAGAGCAGAAGAGGGAGGAGCUGGCCCGCGACAUCAUGGACAAGGACAAGUCGCUGGCUGACAUCCUGGACCAGAGCAAGAUGAAAACCACCAUGGACCUGAUGGAGGGCCUGUUCCCUCAGGGCGAGCAGCUGCUGGAAGGAGCUCACCAACGCAAGAAAGCACCCGCCAAACCCCCGAACGCCACCCGGCAGGCUGAGGAAAGGUCAGGAAUUUUCAACUCAGUCUGGAGUCGGGCUAAAAUGAUGAAUCGAAUAACUCAAAUAAUGCUACAGACUCAGUCAUCACUUUGUGGAGAAAUAAGAUGAUGCGACAAAAGGAAAAUUUAAGACG